GUAACAUCACAAUUUUGCUCGAGCAGCCGGCAGCCGUGUGCGCCUACCUCUGCCUAAACACGGCACAGGCCGCCAGCGCCAGCAGCAAUUUCACUGGCAGCGCUACACACAUGGAAGAAUUUAAAGAGGCCUUUGAUAACUUUACAGCUGCUGCCGCCGCGGUGAACGCGGAGGCGGAGGCGGCGCGCCAGCGUUUUGCCGGUGCGGAGUCGGAGGCUGCUGCUGCGACCGCGGCAUUCACGCGCGCCCAGCAGCUAACGGAACAGAUGCGCCAGGCGGGCGAGACGGAGGCGGCGGCUGCAGCGAACUCGGAGUUGGACCCAGGCGCUAAGUCGGCAUUGCAAUUGGAAGGAGUUGCAGCCAAAAUGAAAGAGGCAUGCGCAGCCCAGGCCGCAAGGACGACGGCAGCAGCCGCAGAGCAGCACGCCGUGCAGGCGGCGCUGGCACAGGCCCUGGCGGAUCUGCAGAACAAAACGGCGCAGCUCCGCGCACUGUACCCUCCGCUGGCUGCUGCUGCUGCUGCUACUACUGCGGCGGCUUCUGCUCCGGUUGAUGCUACCCCGGCUGCUGCGGCUGCUGCUACUGCUGUCCCUAGCUCUAAGGCAGCUGCACCUCAAAAGCCCUCACGCGAGGCCGCACCGGUGGGGCCGCCGGCGGCCGGGCCGGGCCGGGCUUGACCUUGGAAGGGGAGCGGCGCCAGUCAUUGCGCCACGGUGUGCCUCGCAUGAGCCGUCCAUCCGCAUCGACCAGGCGCACUCUGGCCGCGUGUGUGAGAGAGCACACGGGAAGCACGCAUGACUGUGCGCCAAGUUUACACGUGUGGUGGGCGUGGCCUUUGCGGCGCUUUGGAGUGAGAGCGCAGGUGGAUGCCAAGUCACAGAAGAGUAGCGCAUGAGGUGCGGGGUGACUUGAUGACUACGGUCGUGCCAAGCCUUGCGUGUUGAGCGCAAGCCCGCACCCGGGUGGGGCUGCUGGUCGGAAAGUGUGGUGGCGCGAGGGGCUAUACGUUGUUGGAGUGAGGGUAGGAGCGCGCGGGGCUUCGGGAGUAGGACGCACAGUGGAGUAGCCGCGGUGUGCUUUGCUGCACCGGGACUGCAUUAUGCAGGGUCGAAGCCAUUUGAAGUGCGGUACACAUACCGACAUACGGAAGUGGGCACAAGGUUGAAUUCGUAUCUCCCACGGACACCAGUGUCGUCUUCUUACAUCGCGUGCUCCCUAAAGGAACUGCACACAGUGCGCCCGUCGAGUUCGCUGAUUGCACGCGAUGCAAGUCAGGAAGUUGGCCAAAAUGUCAAAACGGGGCCUGACAUAGGGACCGAUGACUUACACACCGUGGAGGUAGGCCCGCGCAGGCCCGGGUUACAGCGGCGAACAUUGAUGACAAGGCAAUUGUCACGAUGGACUCUAUACACCGCUGGACC